AUCUCCACCACAAUAUCAAUGCAAUCACCGAAUUUAACAGAAAAUACCGUGAUGAAUUCUUCAUCAAAAUUCCUAAUAACUCUGUCGCAUCUCAUCUAACAAUUAAGUCACCAUUAUUCGCCGCACCAUCACAUUUUAAUUCGACAUAAUUCAUAUAGGAUGACACAUCCCGCAAGAAUCUGAAUCCAUUGAAAGUGUAAUUUGAUCAAAUUUCUCUUAUAUUUAAGAUCGUAGAAAAUAUUAAAAUGACCAAAAAAAAAUAAAUUGUACCGUAACAUGUUUAAGUUUUAUCAAAUGCUUGUACUAGUCAAACAAAGUCAAGCAAACAUAAAUUGACCCAAAAAAACACAAACAAGGAAGAAAACGCGUUUGGACAAAAGAAGAAAGAAAACAACACAGUCAUCUUUCUCUUCUCUGUAUCUUCUUUUCUUCCCCAAAAUUAACAAAUUCAAAUUAGGGUUUUCAGAAAAUCCCCUUUUCUCUAAUUUCAAUAAUACACUGAAAAAAAACUCAAUUGAUUCUGGUUUCUUCUUCUAUGAGAUGUUUUCAACUUCAAUUAUUAUCAAAUGGAGUUCCUUUACUCAAUUCAACUUCAUCUUCUUCUCCAUUUUUCUCUUCUUAGCCUCUCAAUACGACGCCGUUUCACCCAAUUCCGACAAAUCAACACUUCUCCGUCUCAAAAACUCCCUCUCCGACCCCGCCGGAGUUCUCUCUUCAUGGAGCCCUUCCUCCGGCCACUGUUCCUGGUACGGUGUUCACUGUGAUUCAAACUCCCGCGUUGUUGCUCUCAACAUCACCGGUGCCGGAGAUGGUAACCGGAGUUCACAUCCGUGUUCUGAUUUUGGUGUGUUUCCGCUUUAUGGAUUUGGAAUUAGGAGAAGCUGUUUGGGUUUUAAGGGUUCUUUGUUUGGAAAGUUUCCAUCUUUGAUCAGUGAGUUAACUGAGCUUAGAGUUUUGUCUUUACCUUUCAAUGGGUUGGAGGGUUCAAUUCCUCAAGAGAUUUGGAGUAUGGAGAAACUUGAAGUUCUUGAUUUAGAAGGUAAUUUCAUUAGUGGUUAUUUACCUUUUAAAUUUCAAGGUUUGAGAAAAAUGAGGGUUUUGAAUUUGGGGUUUAAUAAGAUUGUUGGAGUUGUACCUAGUGUUUUAUCUUCUCUUGAGAGUUUGGAGGUUUUGAAUUUAGCUUCAAAUGAUUUGAAUGGUUCUGUUCCUGGUUUUGUUGGGAAGUUUAGAAGGGUGUAUUUGUCUUUUAAUCAAUUUAGUGGAGUUAUUCCUGAGGAGAUUGGUGAGAAUUGUGGGAAGCUUGAGCAUUUGGAUUUGUCUGGUAACUCUUUGGCUGAACGGAUUCCAAAGAGUUUGGGGAAUUGUGUUGGGUUGAGGACACUUUUAUUGUAUUCAAAUUUGUUGGAAGAGGGUAUUCCUGCUGAAUUUGGGAACCUUAAGAGCCUUGAGGUGUUGGAUGUUUCGAGGAAUACACUUGAUGGUUCUAUUCCUCGUCAGCUUGGGAAUUGUAAAGAGCUUUCUGUUGUUGUGCUUUCCAACCUUUUUGAUCCGGUUGGGGAUGAUGGGUUUGUUAGUUUGAACGAUGAGUUGAAUUAUUUUGAAGGUUCAAUGCCUGAAGAAGUUGUGUCCCUUCCUAAGCUUACAAUUUUGUGGGCUCCCAUGGUGAAUUUGGAGGGAAGUUUUCCUAGGAGUUGGGGUGCUUGUGCUAACUUGGAGAUGGUCAAUUUGGCUCUAAACUUUUUCACUGGAGAGUUCCCAAACUGGCUUGGCUUAUGCAAGAAGCUUCAUUUUAUUGAUCUGAGCUCAAACAAUCUUACUGGGGAGCUUUCUGAGGAACUUCAUGUUCCCUGUAUGACUGUGUUUGAUGUUAGUGCUAACAUGUUGUCUGGUUCAGUUCCUAAUUUCUCCAAUAAUGCUUGUUCUCCCUUUCCUCUAUGGAACGAGAAUCUGUUUGAAACUGACGACACUGCAUCUCACUAUGCGUCAUAUUUUUCAUCGAAAGCUCGUGAGGGAACCCUUUUUGCAUCACUAGGAGAAGUCGGUCUUUCAGUUUUUCACAACUUUGGGCAAAACAACUUCACUGGCAUUCAGUCAUUACCAAUAGCCCAUGACAGGAUGGAGGAAAAAAGUAGUUACACACUUCUUGUCGGAGAGAACAAGCUAACGGGACUAUUUCCUACAUAUUUAUUUGAGAAAUGUGACGGAUUAGAUGCAUUGCUUUUGAAUGUCAGUUACAAUAGCUUUUCCGGUGAUAUUCCUUCUAAUAUUGGUAGAAUGUGCAAAUCUCUGAAAUUUUUGGAUGCAUCUGGUAAUCAAAUUUCAGGACCAAUUCCCCUUGGUUUAGGGGAUUCGGUCUCUCUUGUUUCCCUGAACUUCAGUGGAAACCGGUUACAAGGUCAUAUUCCCACCAGCCUCGGACAGAUGAAGGAUCUGAAGUUUCUUUCUUUGGCUGGUAAUAAUUUGAGUGGCUUAAUUCCUUCCGAUAUGGGGCAGCUGUACUCUUUACAGGUCUUGGAUCUUUCUAGAAACUCUCUUACUGGGGAGAUUCCAAAGUUUAUCGAGAACAUGAGAAAUUUGACCAAUGUUUUGCUCAAUAACAACAACCUUUCUGGACACAUUCCUGCUGGUUUGGCAAAUGUCACGUCGCUCUCUGCAUUCAACGUGUCUUUCAAUAACUUAUCUGGAUACUUGCCAUCAAAUAGUAGCCUCAUCAAAUGCAGCAGUGCUGUUGGGAAUCCGUUUCUAAGUUCCUGCCGUGGAGUUUCUCUGACUGUGCCAUCAGCAAAUCUACAAGGGCAGAUUGAUGAAAAUUCUCCUAUUACAUCACAAGCUACUGAAAAAAAUAGUGAUAACGGUUUCAAUGCCAUUGAAAUAGCAUCUAUAACUUCUGCUUCAGCCAUUGUUUCGGUUCUUAUAGCCCUUAUUGUUCUGUUUUUCAUAACGCGAAAGUGGAAGCCGAGGUCGAGGGUUGGUGGUUCCAUUAAAAGAGAAGUUACUGUUUUUACUGAUAUUGGUGUCCCGUUGACAUUUGAAAAUGUUGUCCAAGCCACAGCAAAUUUCAAUGCAAGCAACUGUAUAGGGAGUGGAGGGUUCGGCACAACUUAUAAGGCAGAGAUAUCACAAGGAAUCUUGGUUGCAGUGAAACGUCUUUCAGUUGGACGUUUCCAAGGUGUUCAACAAUUCCAUGCAGAGAUUAAGACACUUGGAAGGCUUCAUCAUCCAAACCUUGUAACUUUGAUUGGCUACCAUGCUAGUGAGGCAGAGAUGUUUCUCAUAUACAAUUAUCUUCCAUAUGGUAAUCUUGAAAAGUUCAUCCAAGAGAGAUCCACCAGGGCUAUGGAUUGGAAAAUUCUUCACAAGAUUGCAUUAGACAUAGCGCGCGCACUUUCCUAUCUGCACGAUCAAUGUGUACCGCGUGUUCUUCAUCGCGAUGUCAAACCUAGCAAUAUCUUGUUGGACGACGAUUUCACCGCUUAUCUAUCCGACUUUGGACUGGCGAGACUUCUCGGAACUUCAGAGACACACGCCACAACCGGUGUGGCAGGAACGUUUGGGUACGUUGCUCCUGAAUACGCCAUGACAUGUCGUGUUUCCGAUAAAGCUGAUGUGUAUAGCUAUGGUGUGGUGCUUCUUGAGUUGCUAUCAGAUAAAAAAUUAUUGGACCCUUCAUUUUCUUCUUAUGGAAAUGGUUUCAAUAUAGUAGCAUGGGGAUGCAUGCUACUGGGGCAAGGAAGGGCAAAGGAGUUUUUUGCUACUGGUUUAUGGGAUGCCGGACCCGAAAAUGACUUGGUAGAGGUUCUUCACUUAGCAGUUGUGUGUACUGUUGAUUCAUUAUCAACUAGACCUACAAUGAAACAGGUUGUGAAAAGGCUUAAGCAACUUCAACCCCCAUCAUACUAGCCCCUUGUGAAAAGGCUUAACAAUGAAACAGGUUGUGAAAAGGCUUAAGCACAAACAUGACAGCGGAUGCACAAUGACAUUGACACAUCGGCACCAGUAUUUAUUUGGGGAUAAGGAAUUAAUCAACGUGUCAUUGUCGUUUCAUGUCGGACACUGGAUACGCCUUCAUUUAGAAGUCGGUGUUGUAGAGCUUGUGUGGCUAAGCUCUUUUGGAAUCAUUGGUAAUUUUUAUUGAUGUUCAUUUCACUUGUAAGUUGUAAGUUGUGAUUUAUUAGAAUUUUAGGCCAUUCAUUAUGGACUUGUAUUAGGUUGAGUUCCCUAAUUUGUACUUUUUUUUUUUAUAAGCUCCCUAAUUUGUACUUAAUCACCCCCUUGUAAAUUUUAAUAUAGUUGUACAACCCAAUUUUCCAAGCUUUUUAGAUUAUUUGGUUAGGACUUGGUAAAGAUUCUGCAGAAGAAUGCAGAUAUUUGAUUGCUACUCCAUAAAAUAUUAGAAUUCUUCAAAUUUUGGUGCUGUUUGGUUGAAACUUUUCGGUUAUUACUUAUAUAUUUUGAUUAUGUUUUUCACUUAGUUUA